GUGUCUUCCAAUUUCUCUUUAUUAAUGUGUUGAUAUCUUACUCUACCGCGUCAGGUGAAGAUAAGCGCGAGUGAGUAGGACGCUACGCGAUUUGGCGGCAAGAGUGUUCACUAUACUCGGCUAGGUUCGGUACAGUUCGUUGGAAGUCAGCGGUAGUCGUAGCCGGUAGCUCCGCUGGGCAGUCGCGCGCACUCCCGCCGGGCACGCCGCGCCACGCCGCCGCUAUAAACAAAUCAUACCCUACUGACAGAAACACAUUUAUUGUUCAAUGAAAACUAGUUAAAGCCUACUCGCUGGUACCACCGAUCGCUCCGAUUGUUUGCGAGGCGCAGUGAAUUAUAAAUCUAGACGACCGGCCGCAAUGAAUUUAGACAAUAAUAAAGCUAGGUUAAAAGCUAUGCUAUUUGGAUGUUUGCAGUGAAAGGAGCCGUUGUUAGUGGCGAUUCGGUGUGUAACUGUGCUGCGGUCAUUUUGUAUUAGAUGAAUAAGUGGAGCGUCCCACUGUGCAGCAUGUACUUGAGGCGCGAGUGCCGGUGCUCCGACCAGCGCGUGCUGACUGCGUGCUAGUCGCACCCGCCGGGUCCGCUCCCGCCUCAUCACUGCUCCUGAUCGCUCCUCUGUGCUCUCUUUGUACUCAAAAAUGCCAGCGCUCCGGUUGCUGGGGCGAAAAUGGCUGGCAGCCUCAGACGACCUCGUGUUUCCGAGCAUCUUCGAACUACUAUUCAGAUUUGUUUGGCUAGUGCUAAUAGCUCUAGUAGCGGAGGUCCUAUAUCCAGUCACAUGGCAGUGCCAGUCAGAGGGCUGGCAGGGCGGGGCGUUCGUGAGGUUGUACCUCUGCGGGACUCUCGCGCUGCAGGCCGCACUCAUGCUGCUGUUGGCAGCCCUGGCUCUGCAGUCCGCGAGAGGCACCAUCACAGACAUCGAUGCUAGGAAGAUGGUGUCACCACUGCUUCUUAUAAAAGUGCUGUUAGUGUUCCCAGAAACCGCCCUGAACGUCAUGGGUACCAUGUGGAUGUUCUGCGAAGUUAUACAAUGCUCCGUCGAAGACAAGUUCUCCAGCAUAGUCAUACAAAGUAUAGUCCUAUUCAACUGGGUACAGCUAGGCCUGACGGUGUUCGGCCUAUUCAUGGUGUUCGAUCCCCUGGGCUCAGUGAACUAUGGCGACAUGCAAGACACGCCCAACCAGGUUCGACACCAUAGGAAGGUCACGGGAUUAUGGUCGAGGAGGUUCCGAUGGGCCUUCUGUUGGCUGAAGAGAGAUGAACAUGGAAAGGAAGCUUUUCAACAAGUCGCAGCUCUACUCAGUGCCCUAUUCAGAUCAACGGACCUAGUACCAUCAGACGUGGUGGCCGGCUGCGUACUCCUCAGGGUACGACAGAAGAGAGAGACGAGAGAAAUGAGGAGGAUCCAAAUGCUGAAUGACGAAGAACCGAUAUAUACCACGGAUGUCAACAAGAUAUUUUCUGAGACCCCGCCGUGGAUGAACUUGGAGGAUGCCUUGCAUUACUUGAGGCUGUCGAUAGCAGCGUAUGGAUGGCCGUAUGUGCUGUAUCGACAUUGCUUCACUGGUUUUUGCAAACUGGCGAGGCAUUUGACCUGCUGUUGCUGUCGACCAAAGAACUCAAUAGUGACAGACGACAACUGCUGCCUAUGCAACUUCGCGGGCGUCAAGUAUAUGUCGAACCUGGCUGCCGAUGAUAUUAUCUUCGCUUCUUUCAACAAUCGUGUCUUUGAACUACCGUUCUGCGUGAUAGCGGACCACGAGAGAGAAAGCAUAGUGGUAGCUGUGAGGGGUUCCAUCUCACUGAGGGACAUCUUCACGGACUUCACUGCUGGCUCAGAGCGGUUCGAAGCUGAGGGUCUGCCAGAAGACACAGCAGCUCACAAGGGCAUGUCGAUGGGCGCCGCGAAGAUGUUGAAACGCUUGCUGCCCGUACUCGACCGUGCAUUCUCGCAAUUCCCUCACUACGACCUCGUACUCACUGGUCACAGUCUCGGUGCAGGAGUAGCAGUAUUAGUAGCUUUAAAACUAAGGCCGAGGUAUCCGCACCUCAAAGUAUUCGCAUUUUCAACGCCAGCGGGUCUAAUAAGCCGGGAGGCGGCGCGGUUCACCGAAUCAUUCGUGAUGACGGUGGGAGUCGGUGACGACUUGGUGAUGAGACUCUCCGUGCACAGCAUCGAGAACCUCAGGACCAAGAUCAUACAGACCAUUCAUGCCACCAAAUUGCCUAAGUACCGGAUAAUGCUGAACGGCUUCGGCUACGCGUUGUUCGGCGUCCCCGCGCGGGACCUGGAGUCCACAUGGCGGCGACCCGAACAGCUAGAAGCCCAGCAUUCAGACGACUCCGCCGACGCGCUACUGGUCCAUAGCGUGUCCACAGUGAGUGCUGAAGCAGCGUUAGUUUCGCGUGACGUGUUCGCGAGGCGGUUCUCUUCAGCGAGGCUCUUCACUCCGGGCCGGAUACUGCACAUCGUGCGACGCAAGCGCAUGGGAAUCGAAAAUGAUGAAGGAGGAGAAGAGAGGAAAGUGCGCACAACCGAGCCCACGUACGAGAUGAGGUGGGCGUGUCCCGAGGACUUCAUGGAGCUACAAGUAAUGCCUCGUAUGUUACUCGACCAUCUACCUGAGAACGUUCAUCGCACUAUUCGCACGGUACUAGACGAAAGGCAUCGCUACAGACUUACGCAUACCGUGUAGACUGGACACUACGUACCUAGGUACUAAAGUAGAUAGAACUUAGAACUGCAAUUGUGACAAACGGUUAACCGUGCUUUUGUGAAAAAGAUCUGACUAGGAAAAAGUGAUUCGAUAUUGAAACUGAUGACGCAAGAUUUCAUAGAGCUACAAAAGUGAUAGACCUGGCGUUUCAAGGUCUGUCAACUGUGACAAAGAUAUCAAUUUUAAACUAAGAAAUAAUGGAACAAAUUAUAAGAUAAAUACGAUGAUGCGUAAUCUGGUCUUGCAUUCCCUGACCAGAUAGUGGUUUUUCUUCUGACUUUGAGAAGAUAGCAGCAGCUUCAUAGAGAGCAAAGAUGCUUUUAUUUAGUAGGUAUUUUGGAACGAAACUUGCCAAUGCUAUUUGCCUUUUUAUAUAUUUACUUUUUGUUUUUCGAUGUCAAUUUAAUUUUAUGGGCAAGUUCGAGAUCAUUCGGAGAAAUACAUAAUCAUGAGUUAAAGAUCUAUAUAUAAAUCAAACAUACUCGAUUAAAAUAUCAAAACAAUAAUACUGAUAUUAUUGAUAAAAAUACAUAAGGCUACUUCAAAAAAAAUGCCAACUAUGACACUAUUUCAGAAAAUCUUUUUUUACUUUUUGUUUUAAUUUUUCUGAUCUAUAUUACAUGACAAUGUGAUUUUAUUUAAUUGUUCCUAAGCCUAACGUGACUCAGAUGCCUAUCUCUACGAAUCUUUUGUACAUAUGUACCUUAAAUUACUCAGAAUUUCAAUUUAAUUGAUAUUGAACAAAUUGACAGAACCAGUGUCAAAAUUAACUUGUAGUUUAGUUUAAGAACCUGUGAGAAGACUGUGAUGAUGUUAGUGUGAACAUUAAAGUUUAAGCUAUGAUUGUGUAUGUAUGCAGUGCCGCAUCGGUAGAUAUAGUAUAUUAUUUUGUACAUAAAUUAGUGUAAGUGUAUAUGUAUUUUUUUAUGUUUUUGAGAUGCGUAGCUCUGGCGUAUUUAGAGUAUGAGACCGCAGAUGGGAAAUUGCCAAACGCAUUUUAUUCAUAUUUUUCAAUUUUUUUUUAUAUAUAGAAAUCUAGUGGAUAUCUGAUGUAUGUUUUGUUCUAGCAAUGGGUGAAAUUAAUUGACCCAUUGCGGUCGGAAGGUAUGCCAGAGCUCUUAGGAAACUAAACCUCGUCCCAAUGUAUAACAUAUCAACGUUGAAAACGUUCUUCUUCAAAUCUUUAUUUUCUUCACUUAUUUCCUUUCAAUGUGCUUCAGAUACUCACGCAAGAAAUUAAUUUGCUCAAAACACAAGCAAUUUUAUAUUUUCAAAUUAUCUUUAGACAUUCUUUUGUUGUAUAAAUUCUACUGCCAAUGUGUAAGACAAAUCAUCUUAUCAUGUAGGAUUAUUAUUAUUCAAAUCGCUACUCAUUUGUUUUAUUGACUUUACAUUUUGGGCGAUAUGUGGUUCAGCUAAAAAUAAGCAAUCUGGUAAUAGAUGAAAAAAUCUUCUUUAAAUGUUAAAUUAAAAAAUACGUUUGCUAUAAACGACGUAGAUAUAAAAUCCCCUAUGACUGUCUCCCCUUCUUACUAUAAAAUUGUAUAUCGAUAAUUUAGACUUGCAAAGCUACCACUAAGUACAAUAAUUAGACCCUAGAGUAGCAUACAACGUUACCGAAGUCAAUUAUGUAAUAAAUUAUCUACAUUGCAUAAUAGUUACAUAUAAUAUAAGUACAUUUAAGUAAUAAAUUAUUUUCGUCGCUUACACCAAUGUUCGAACACCAGGUAACCUAGGAAAUAUUUGUAAAGAUGUAUUUUUGUAAACUUAGGGUGUGUAAAAAAUAUGGUUUAUUUAGCUGACAGCUAAAAUACCUACUGUUGUAUACCUAAAUAUUGUUGCAACGUUAAUAAUCAUUUGUUACGUGUGUACAAAAUAAAUAUGAAUGUUUGUAUAAAGUUUGUUGCAUUUUUGUAAUAUCAAAUUGAUUUUAGUAAAAAUAAAUUUUGUCUAUAUUUUUUCAAGUUUAUGAAAAUGCAUCUACAUUGAUUAAAAUUCGUAGGCCUCAAGUAUUAAUUAUAUCUGUUGUUGUAGGGUCCUACAUUUAUUCAAUUAAAGAGUCUACCGUUUUAAAUAUUUCUUGUAAAUACAAACCUGAACCUCGGGAACAAAAUUAUUGUGACUUGAUAAAAAUAUACUCUGACUACACUUUUAGGUGAUAUUUUUUGUAAAUAAUGGCAUUUACUUCGAAUAAUUUACAUUCCAAUUUUUGUAUUAUGUAGUAGUCCUCAGUCCGUCACCGGAAUCGAUAAAUCGUAUCGAUUAAUCGUUAAUCGAUACAUCGUACAGACGUGCGCAGGAGUCUUCACAGAUUAACGUGCGUCACCAAUGUUGUCAUCUCACAUUGAAUAUGGUAGCUAACGAUGUGAUUUUUUUGAUAUGUUCUUGUUUGGGCUACAUUAUAAAUAAUUAUGAAAAAUGAAUUCAUAAGUUUGAUUCGCAUGAAAAUUGGAACUUCGGUAAAUAUUACUGCAAAUUGUUAUUAAAAAAUGGAAAAUUAAAUUAAUGACGCGUCUUAAAUUACUAGACCAAGAGAUUAUUAGGCAGCCUCAAAAUCAUUAGGAAAUCAAAAUUCAACGGCCCGUUAUGGUUUUCAUUAAAUAGUAAAUAAUUUAAUAUUAUAAAUAAAAUAUAUAAUAAUGUUACAAUACGACAAUCUCAAACACUAUGUGACAAGUUGUUAGUAGAUAUAAAUAUUUUAAUAUUUACUUCAGUAUGUUUGUAUAUAAUGUUGUUUUAGCGUUCAGUACCGUUGAUAUGUUACUUAAUUCUUCUAUACUUUGUAUUUUUAUAGUUUACACAAAUUGGUACUGAAUCGCGUGUAUGUUCAAGUAUUAGAAGGACUGAGGUUCUUUUCACUUGUACCCUAAAUUAGGGCUUUAUAAUCUCUUUCACCGUAUGUAAUAGAGUAUAGCCAAUGUCUUGUGUUGGGUUUUGUUUUAAUUUAUAAAUAAAAUCUAUUUUAAGUA